CAGCUGUAUGCGUUAUUUUCAAAGUAUUAAAAAAUAAACAAAUAUAAAAACCAAUGAGAGUCAAAAAAUCUGUAGUGUAGAUUUAAAUUCAUACUUAUUCAGCUAUGAAAUUUUUAAAUCCUAAAUGUAGAAAUUAAUAAGCUCAUUUUUUAAUUGAGUGAUUAUGGAAAAAGAAAAUUGUUUUUACUUGAUGGUCACUGGUCAAAUUGAGACGGCCGAUUUUCCAGAAAUUGAUGAUAUUUACUGUAAGCAUUGUUAUGUGUAUGGCUCUGAUUGGAUGGUUGUUUAUGGGAUUGAAGAAGGGAUAACUCAAAUUUCUAAAAGAAGUGAUAAUGGAAUGGGAGUAUUUGCUUUUAAUUUCCCUUUGGAUAUUUCUUUUAAAAGUACAAACCUUUAUGGCUGGCCUCAGCUGGUUGUUAGUGUCUAUGGCUUGGAUUUUUUUGGUAAUGAUGUUGUUCGAGGAUAUGGUUCUGUACAUGUACCUGUGGCUCCAGGAAAACACAGGCGAAGAAUACCAAUGUUUGUUCCCCAAUCUUCCUCUGUACUUCAAAGAUUUACCAGCUGGCUUAUUGGAAAGAGACCUGAAUUUAUUGAUCCUCGAGUUGUCGCACAAGGAGAAGGUCGAGAGGUCACAAAAGUCAGAACUCAAGGCUCUGUAAGUGUGAGCUUCAACAUUACGACAAAGAACUUACAAGAACUUGGUUAUAAUGUGGGUUAAUAAUGUAAAUUUGUCUAGUCUUUUUUCUAUGUACUAUGCAGUCAUUUUUUAUGGUGUAACAAUAUAGUAUUUUUUAUAAAUGAUUUUUAACGCACACAUGAUGAGCUAUGAAAUCUUUAUCAUAAAAAUUACAUGUACUUAGCUCAUACUAACAUAAUUUUAUCUAAGCCUAAAUUAUAGGCUGUGUAACUUUUAUAUGUUUGUUUUAAAUUGUAUUUUAUUGGAUUAACCAUAACUAUCUAGCCAUAUUUUUACUACCUAAUUAUACCUUUAAAAUCUAAGUCAUUUAUUGUAUUGUAGUAUUUCAUAUUUUUAAAUCAGUCCUUAUAUUUAUUUACUUAAUUUUUAUGUUGCUAAUUUAAUGAGUUUUUUAUUUUGUUUUUUAUUGUAUUUAUUAUAGAAGAAUAUUUCAGGCAUUUACUUUUUGUAUGACGUGGAACAUAUUUGAAUUUCUUUAUGGCAUAUAUUUUAGCUUCUUAUUUAAAGGCUAAGCAUAUUUCUUUUGCGUGUUAUACUUAAAACACUUUUUUUAAAAAAUUAAUAACAAAAAAGAAUAAUAAAAGACUAGUCAUUAUAAACCUUAACUACCUUAUAGGAAUUUCUACCUUUUUCAUUUAAGAUUAAAUAUUUAUUAAUUGUCACUUCAAGUAAAUAUUUUUCGUUCAGAUUAAUCCAUCAUUUUUCAUAACAAUGAAGUCAUAUUUUCUUAUAAUGUUUAUUCUUUUGGAUGUAUGUUAUUUGCAUAACUGGUGUAUUUUGUGUUUUUGUUUUGUGUUUUUAAUUUUUGUGUACUUAAAUUUUGUGCAAUUGAUUUAAGGAGUAUUUCUUUUCUCUUUAACUGACUAGUUAAAUGGAUGAAGGUUCUAUUGAUUAACUUAGUUUUAAAUUUGUAUGUUUCUCUUUUUUUCUUGCUUCAUUUAAUAUCUAUGUUGUAUUUAUUUGUGAAGAAAUUACUCAUUACCUUACAAUUUUAAAGUAUAACGAUUUAGCUUUGACUCUUUUGAUGAAAGAUGAUUUAUAAUGACUUUUGUUAAUGGUGUCUGCUUCCAUUAACAUAACAAUAAACUAAAAUUGACGAGUAUUUAUAUGUUAAGUGAGAUGAGGAGAGAGAGAGACAGUAACUAGUUGUUAGAUGAAGAGAAAUGUUAAGUGACAAAUUUCAGUAUCUACAGUUAGCAAACAGCUUGAGCGAUUGUUAACAUAAUGAUCCCAGUUUCAUGAUUUAAAUAUUUUAUAUGAUAUGAGGCACCAAUUUACCAUAUCUCCACUUAGUAUUAUUUAUAUGAAGUUAGAUGUCAUUGGUCAAUUAAAUUUUUAUUUGUAAAGAUAAACACGUGUUUUCUGAUUUAAAAAAAAAUAAAUCAGAAUUUGAUUGGAGAAUGUGCUGUGCCUUUAUUUCUUUUUCACAAGUUUCUAGCUGGUCAGAUCUAUUAUCCAUAACACAUAUUUAAAACUGUUUGCAUCUAAGCAUUUACACUCUUAGUGUCCUAAAUAGAUGGCAAAAGCCAUCUACUGAAGGUUAAGGUAGUGAAACUUUUUAAGAUUGUUGACUCGACUCAUAGUUGCCAAAUGCAUUAGGAACUUUCUUCCACUAAAUUUCUUUCUUUCUUUCUUAAUCCAUUGUGAUAAGAUAACUUAAAGAUUUGGUAAAAUAAGUUGUUAUUUGUUUAAUUAAGACUAAAGUUAAAUCAUCUCUAAAAAAACAAUCUAUUUCAAAAUGUUACUUAGAACCUUCUUCCACUAAGCUCACAAAUAAUUAAACUCAUUGAAUGUUGUGGUCUAGUUGAUAGAGCGUUUCAUCACUUUUAAUAAGGAAGGAUAUUUUAAGCUUAUUCUACCAGUCAAUAUCAAUUUUGAUGAGAACAAAGUUUUUUUUUUUUUAAACCAUUUUAGUAUACAUAAAAUAUUUCCUAAUUUUUUUUAUGCUCAUCUCCCUUCUAAAUUAGCUUAAAUCACUACUUUUCAGUAGAUUUACUUCAUUACUUUAUUAUACAAUGCAGCAUUAAUGUCAGCAUUAUCCUUAAUUUAUGCUUGCAUAUCCUGAAUAAAGAAACAAUGUUUAUAAUAUAUAAGACAUUACAUUAUGUUAAGAUGUUGCUUUUUUAAUAAUAUUAAUAUAGAUCUCUCUUAAAUGUUAUAUAUUGUUUAUGUAUUUUAUAAUUGUAUGCACAUGUUAACAAUAUAUUUAAAAUUUUUGUUUUAGGGUAUUGAUUCAUGUAAGUUAAAUAAUUGAUUUUUAAAAAAAUCUAAUUAUUCAAUAUAAAGUUUUCGAUCUAAUGUUCUUUAAUCAUUAUGCUGUUUAAUUGACAUUUUUUUCAUCUGAUGAAUUUUUAAUAAAUUUUUACAGUCUUUUGUUGUUUCGAAAAUCAUUGUAACAAAUAUGUUUCAUUACAUCAUGAAUCAUUACCAUCUUCAUUAUUUAUUUAUAUUUAAAAGUGAAUAAAAUUUUAAUGAAAAAAAACCCAUCUAAAUUUUGUUUGAAACCUAAUGUUUUUUUUUUCAUAAUUACAUUUGAUAGAUAUUUUAUAACAAAAUUUUUUUUCCCUUUUACUGCCUUACAGUUUCUUUCAAUAAAGUUAUUUUAUUUCAAGUUAGCUCUUGGAUAUAUUUAUCAUAUUUUCUGUGUUAUACAAAAUACUAAUUAAAGCUCGGCAGUUUUCCAAAUUCAUAAGCUCUGAAUUUAAAUGAAGAUUGCUGAUACUUUCACCUUAAAAUAUAAGCAAUCUAAAAUAGUUUUAAAAUUUUUUGUACGUUAUAUUAGUUAAGUAGUAAAGCAAAAAUAAUUGUCAUCUCUAUUUGUUUAUUAAUUGAUAUACAUCAGUCAAAGUAUGCUACUUUUAUUGUAUUUUGGAAACUGUAAAUAUAACAUUUAAAUGAGUUACAUUUAUACAGAUUAUUAUGUUUCUGAUAAUGUGGUGAUAUUUCCGAGUAAUCCGUCCAGUUUUUUAAAAAAAAUGUGUAGUUUGUCUACAGUAAGAACUCCUCCUACCACAAAGUUUGAGGCUGUCUGCUGCUAUGGGAACAAGAAUCGUGCAUUUCAGGGAGGGUAGCUUCUUUUCACUUUAGGGCUAACACAGUUGACCAAGUAAAAAGAUUAUCUUUCUCUCGCCGACCCGAGCCAAAACCUGUCACCACCACAGGUUCAGAUGAAUGGCUAGGGGAGUUCUUACUUUAGACAAACUGUAGUUAAAACUUCUCAUGUCUAUUUUUGAAUUUUAAUUUAAAAUAUAAUAGAUGAAUAACUUUUUCUAUUUACUGUUGCACUUAUAUGAAAUAUAAAAAUUUUUCAUUUGAUAAUUACUUAAUUUUUCUGUCGUGUGUGGUAGUUUUGUCUGAAAACUUAUUUGAUAUUGAAUAAUCAAAUCAGUUCACAGAAUGAAAUUUUACUAUUGUUUUUUCCAUAAUAGUUUUAUGGUGAAGCUGAAAAUAAUAUUGUGAUAUUUAUCUAAAUUCCUUUUCUUCUCUAUUACAUGUCUCAAGUUAGAUAUACUUUUUUUAUCCGACUUUAAUAGUAAUGUUAUAUUUUAUGUAUAAACUUUUUUCUCUAAAAAGAUGCUAGAAUAGAGUAAAUCAAUCCGUCCAUUUAAAAAUCAUGUUUGCCAUUUUGUAAAAUCAAAUUUUAUAGGGCAUGCGUUUAAAAUAAUUGAUAACUCUGCUUUAUUUUGCCUGUUUUGAAAGCAUGUAAAUAAAAAUGACCUCAUUUAAUAAAUUAAACAAUUUAUAGAUAACACUUCUUAGGAAAAUUAAAGGGUGGGAGUUAAAAAAAAUUAUGAAACAGAAAAGGUUAAGAAAUCUAAAUCAAAACUGUUUAUAAAUUAAGAAAUGUUAUAGAUUUCCUAUCAUCAUUUAAACUCAAUGCUCAUAACUUAUUCAAUAAGAUAAAUCUAUUUUUAAUAGAUGUCAUAAAAGCGCUACAUAUUUUAAAGUGAACUUUACAUCAAUGAAAUGAAAAUAUUGAAAGUUACAGAAACUUUUAUGAAAUUUUCUUUCAAACAACAAUGUGCAAUAUUAUUAAACCCUUCUGUAAUUUAAAAAAAAAAUCUAGCUAAUCUAUUGUUUAAGUAAAAUGUUAAAUGUAGAUUCAGCAAAGAUAAAAAUGUAGCAAUUAAUUUAACUUGCAUUUGUAAAGCUUAUCUUUGAAAAUUAUAAGGCUAUACCUAUUCAGUUUGUAAAAUCAGCCACUUUGUAAAAUUUAUUUUCUGCAGCAAAAACCUGUUUUAUUCCUUUUUAUUUUUCGAGAAAGUUGUCUUGAUUUUGUGCAGUUUUGCUAAGCAUUGAAAUACUAAAGGGAUAAAGUUUCUUUAUUGUGCACUUAUUGUUUAUUAUGCACUAUGCUCUUCAUAAUAUUGGUAAAGAUGUCUUAAUCUAAUUAUUUUUCACCUCACAUUUCUAAUGUUAAUUUAAAGAAAAAUUAUAUGAAUGCCUAUUCUCUACUUAUCAAAUAAUACUCACCACCACUUUUUGUUUAAUUUUAUUCGAUAAAUAUAUAUUUUAGGCUUUUUUGAAACUUUUUCAACAUUACUAUUGUAAUUUCGAAAGUUUCUUUUCUUUUAGUUUUUUUUGCUAAGAAGUAGUUUAAUCGUAGUUUUAGCUUUGAACACUUUUUUAAAAGUUGUUAGAGUAAUUUAAAAACUAAAAUAUAUUUUAAUGUAAGAAAUUGAAAAACAAAUUUCAUUUAAGCAUUAUUAACAUGAGGGAUAUGGGAACAUAUAUAGGCUUAUAUGGAAGAUGAGAGGAAGUAGAAUGUGACUUUAAGAUACCUUUGACAUUUACCAGAAAACUGUUAAAAUCAAGACAUUUUGUCUAGUAUUUUUUUAGGGCAUUAACUCAAUUUUUUGAUAACAUUUUAAUUUUUUUACAAAAAGUAAUAAUCCUCCUCAAUUCACUUCUCCAAUGACUGUUCAAUAUUUCUUAGUUUUUGUCUCAUGAUUUGCAUUGUAUAAAUUAGUACUAAUCAUUUUUUAACCUGAUGUGUUUUAUCCUAUCACUAAUUAUUUGAAAAGAAAAUGUUAUGUUUAAAAUUUUAUUUUUUCUAAGUUUCAAAAACUAAAUUCUAAAUAUUUUUUUCAAUAAUUCAUUAUCUAAAUUUUAUUAUAUUUUGUUCAAUGGUACUAUUAGAUUGUAUGUUAAUUUCUACUACUAAUGAUAAUUGUUUGUAAUUAAAUAACAUUGUUUGAGAAAAAAUGCUCAGUAUAUUGUAGCAUAUGUAUUUUUAAAUUGAAAAUUAUGUUAUGAUUGUUACUAUUGUCAUUAAAUUGAACUUUGCUUUCGAAUUUGAUGGAAAUAAAAAUAUUGCUAAGAAAUAAAAU